UUCCAGUACUUCCUGAUUGCACAUUACGUCACAUUGAUAAGCGGUUUUAUUUCGACAAAGUUGAUAUGUAUGAGAUUAUGAUAUAUUUGAGUUGAAUUAACUAGAGGUUCUCCUGGUUCUUUUCGCGGAAUAGCAAUAUUGAAUGAGAGGUUACUUCUACAGUCAGUAGCAGUUAAAGAACUGAUAACAUGCAGAACUACGGUAAAGCAAUACAUACUUAUUUUGUACAAUAUCCGACGGGGAUCGCUCUUAUCACAGUCACAGGAGUGGGGCUCUUUGCUCUACGUAAAUGGCUGGCUGGAGGGGUGUGUACGAGCACAGCCCGGCUGGACGGGAAGACUGUCCUUAUCACCGGAGCCAACACUGGGAUUGGGAAAGAGACUGCAGUUGACAUGGCUAGCAGGGGGGCGAGGGUUAUUCUGGCCUGCAGGGACAUGACAAGAGCCAAUCAAGCUGCAGAGGGCAUCAGGAAGAGGAGUGGCAAUGGGAAUGUGAUUGUCAAAAAGUUGGACUUAGCAUCCCUACAGUCGGUGCGACAGCUAGCCAAAGAGAUCCUGGAAAGUGAAGAGAGACUGGACAUCCUUAUUAAUAAUGCAGGUAUCAUGAGCUGUCCAAAAUGGCAGACUGAAGAUGGCUUUGAGAUGCAGUUUGGUACCAACCACCUAGGCCACUUUUUAUUGACAAAUUGCCUUUUGGAUCUCCUUAAGAAAUCAGUCCCAAGCCGUAUUGUCAACGUCUCCAGUUUAGCUCAUGAAGAAGGCAAGAUCUAUUUUGAUGACAUAAACUUAGAUAAAGAUUACAGUCCAUGGAAAAGCUACCGGCAAAGUAAGCUAGCUAAUGUGCUCUUUACUAGGGAGCUGGCAACACGACUACAAGGAACUGGAGUAACUACAUAUAGCCUCCAUCCUGGAGUCAUCUGGACUGAGCUUGGUCGGCACUUCUGGCCCACCAUGCCCCUGUGGAAAAGAGCCAUCUACAAGACUCUUGGUUUUUGGCUCAAGUCCCCUAGAGAGGGAGCCCAGACCACCAUCCACUGUGCUGUAGAAGAAAGCCUGGCAGAUGUCAGUGGACUCUACUACAGUGACUGCGCCCCAAAAACUGUGGCCAUUCAGGGCCAGGAUGAUGCAGCUGCCAAGAAGCUGUGGGACCUGAGUGCCUCCAUGGUUGGUCUGGCAUGAUGGACCUGGUUACCACUAGGACUGGCCUAGCCUUUAGAAUGUUGACAUACAGUUGAAGUCAGAAGUUUACAUACACUUAGGUUGGAGUCAUUAAACCUCGUUUUUCAACCACUCCACGAAUGUCUUGUUAACAAACUAUAGUUUGGCAUGUCGGUUAGGACAUCUACUUUGUGCAUGACACAAAUAAUUUUUCCAACAAUUGUUUACAGACAGAUUAUUUCACUUAUAAUGCACUGUAUCACAAUUCCAGUGGGUCAGAAGUUUACAUGCACUAAGUUGACUGUGCCUUUAAAUAGCUUGGAAAAUUCCAGAAAAGUAUGUCAUGGCUUUAGAAGCUUCUGACAGGCUAAUUGACAUAAUUUGAGUCAAUUGGAGGUGUACCUGUGGAUGUAUUUCAAGGCCUACCUUCAAACUCAGUGCCUCUUUGCUUGACAUCAUGGGAAAAUCAAAAGAAAUCAGCCAAGACCUCAGAAAAUAAAUUGUAGACCUCUACAAGUCUGGUUCAUCCUUGGGAACAAUUUCCAAACUCCUGAAGGUACCACGUUCAUCUGUACAAACAAUAGUACGCAAAUAUAAAUACCAUGGUACCACGCAGCCAUCAUACCGCUCAGGAAGGAGACGUGUUCUGUCUCCUAGAGAUGAAUGUACUUUGGUGCAAAAAGUGCAAAUCAAUCCCAGAACAACAGCAAAUGACCUUAUGAAGAUGCUGGAGGAAAGAGGCACAAAAGUAUCUAUACCCACAGUAACAACGAGUCCUAUAUAUCGACAUAACCUGAAGGGCAGCUCAGCAAGGAAGAAGCCACUGCUCCAAAACCGCCAUAAAAAAAGCCAGACUACGGUUUGUAACUGCACAUGGGGACAAAGAUCGUACUUUUUAGAGCAAUGUCCUCUGGUCUGAUGAAACAAAAAUAGAACUGUUUGGCCAUAAUGACCAUUGUUAUGUUUGGAAGAAAAAGGAGGAGGCUUGCAAGCCGAAGAACACUAUCUCAACCGUGAAGCACGGGGGUGGCAUCAUCAUGUUGUGGGGGUGCUUUGCUGCAGGAUGGACUGGUGCACUUCACAAAAUAGAUGGCAUCAUGAGGGAGAAAAAUUAUGUGGAUAUAUUGAAGCAACAUCUCAAGACAUCAGUCAGGAAGUUAAAGCUUGGUCGCAAAUGGGUCUUCCAAAUGGACAAUGACCCCAAGCAUACUUCCAAAGUUGUGGCAAAAUGGCUUAAGGACAACAAAGUCAAGGUAUUGCAGUGGCCAUCACAAAGCCCUGACCUCAAUCCUAUAGAAAAUGUGUGUGCAGAACUGAAAAGGCGUGUGCCAGCAAGGAAGCCUACAAACCUGACUCAGUUACUCCAGCUCUGUCAGGAGGAAUGUGCCAAAAUUCACCCAACUUAUUGUGGGAAGCUUGUGGAAGGCUACCCGAAAUGUUUGACCCAAGUUAAACAAUUUAAAGGCAAUGCUACCAAAUACUAAUUGAGUGUAUGUAAACUUCUGACCCAGUGGGAAUGUGAUGAAAGAAAUAAAAGCUGAAAGAAAUAAUUCUCUCUACUAUUAUUCUGACAUUUCACAUUCUUAAAAUAAAGUGGUGAUCCUAACUGACCUAAGACAGGGGAUUUCUACUAGCAUUAAAUGUCAGGAAUUGUGAAAAACUGAGUUUAAAUGUAUUUGGCUAAGGUGUAUGUAAACCGACUUCAACUGUAUUACCAUCUGAUGAUGGACUGUGAAAUGCAUCCAAACCUCAUUGCAUUCAGUAAGAAACUGUUGAAUAACAUUUGCUUUAGAGACAUUUAUUUAGAAUACACAGCAAACUACAUACAAAAAUACUAUGCAUCGAAAUAUGUUAACGUGAGCCUUUUAAACAGAAUGAAUGUCUCAUAGUUAAGUUACAUGGAAGCUGUAUGAACAUUUACUUCAAUUGCCAUAAGUGUAAAUUCUAUUCUAGGGGAACAAGGUUCACUAAGUCUGUAUUUACGUACGUUUGUAGUAUACACAUAUUAUGUUGUCUUGUCCUGGAACUGAUGUAUGAAAAUACAUGUGCUAUAUCUACAAAACAUUUAGAGAAACAACAUACAUUUUUCUCUUGGGUAAUUUAAAACCUACGAUAAUAAAGUGCUGAUUUACGUAA